AUGUUCCUCUCUCUAAUUUUCACAGCCGCUCUUUGGGCUCAGAAUACGUUGGCUCUCAUACCCCCUGUUGGCCAUGGUCCAUCUGGACCCAUCUUCCCCGCGCCACCAGGAUCGCGGGUGCAACAGUCGGGCAAAGAUAUGAAAGUCAUUGCAAAAAACGGCACCGUCAUUCAUGUCUUCAAAAACGUUGUAUCGUCUCCCAGUCGCCGACAAGAAACGACGGCAACCCAAGCUUCACUUACGGUCGACUCCACUGAAAUCCUCAGCUCUAUCAACGCCUCUAUUGUCGUACCCCCGCCUCCCAAGACAUUCGAGAGCCAGAUAAUAUUCUUUGGGGCCGGUCUUCAGGUGCUUGACGACAGUGGUUCGCUGACUGCAUACCUCCAGCCAGCGCUUCAGUACGGCGCGAGCAACAUCCAAGGUGGAUCGUUUUGGACGGCAGCCAUCCUCUUGGAGCUUCCUCUCGAAGGCGGGUAUAUCCAGGUUUACGACAAUGAAGCAAACCCUCAAGUCAACGUGGGGGAUAGGCUGGAGUUAUGGGCUGGCAUUGACGCAGACCCUCCACCAUUCCCGGGUCAUUGGUACCAUGCUUUCUUCACCAAUCGACGCGAUAUCCUCGCUUUGUCCGUCGGAUUCAGCGGGAGUCCCUGGCGAGCUGCCGUCAGUAUUGAGCAACAGGGCAUAUCCCAGACCAGCGACUACCCAAAAGGCUCUCUCGCAUUCGAGAACAUAAACGUCGAAACUACCACAGGCUUUUCGACAGGGUCAUGGACCGAAGAGGGAGCCGGGGACGUGUCAAUUACUAUCGAUAAAGAUGGGUCGCGCGACUCUCAAGUUUCUUUAGUUUUUCCUCCAUCGUCGUAA